UGUUGAUCCGAAAUGCAAACACACCGAGCCACAAAGUCUCUCAGCCAGACUUCACAGCGUCGUGGAUUUGGCGAGUUCUGCGGCCGUGACGACUUUGAACAGAAUCAUGCAAUUAAAAGAGAUGCAAGUGAAGCCUACAGGAAAACAGAUGCUCUUCAUCACUGGAGCAUCGGCAAACCACUAUCUUGAGUCACAAGCAAUGCUGAAGAACUUUCAUGAAGUGGUCCUUCCAAACAUGAAGAAUUAUUCGCUCAUCUAUUAUGAUCUUGGACUUACGCUCGAACAACGUGCACAGGUGCAGAAGCACUGCAAAUGUGAGGUGAGGGUGUUCCCUGUUACAAAACUAGAAGACUGGAUGAAGAAGCUGAAAUGUUAUGCUUGGAAACCGCUGAUAGUACAGGCUAAUAUUAGGUCUGCUGACAUGCUGGUUUGGUUGGACGCUUCUUCGAGACUUACAAUGAAGGGAUUGAAGGAAACACUGGAGGAUGUCAAAUCUCAGGGAAUGGUUUUACGACCUGGUGGAAAAGUAGCAAUGUCUCAACACAUAGACAAGCAAAUGAUGCAAUACUUUAAUUCCACAGCUUGUGCUUAUUCCCCCUACAGAAUGACAAGUGGUUCUUUUGUUUUCCUCCAUAAUGAACAGUUUGUAAGAGAUGCAAUAGUCACACCAUGGGCUAUGUGUGCUGUAACCCAAAAUUGUAUCUGCCCUCAACAUGCUGUGUUAUAUUGCAAUCCAAAUAUUCAUAGGAAUGGAAAAUGUCAUAGAUAUGAUCAAGCUGGAUUAACUAUGAUUGUUACGAAAUUGUUUGGCCAAUAUAUUGAAAGUUUCCGACUCAAUAAACUUUCAUACAAGGUCAAAAGGGGAGACAAAUAUAAAUAUUUUGAUUACUUAGAGUCACAGGAAAAGCUAGGUGUUAAUUGAGAGUUACAAUAAAUGAUUUAAUUCACAGUGCAUGUAAUAUUUUUAAAACAAUCAUUUGAGGAUAUGUAACCUUCAAAAUAUGUACAAUUAGAGUGACAUUUAAAGGUCACAUGC